UGCACUGUUGAUACCACACUGUUGGCCAACAUCAACAUCCCUGGCGUCUCGUUAAUAAGUUUUUUAUAUAGUCGUUUGGCACCGAUUUUCCAUGUCUGAUUUGUAGGAGGCAAGCGGAUGUGGAUUGGCCAACAUGGAGGAACUGUCCAAGCAGCCGCCGCCACCCCCGCUGACGCAGCCGCCGCCGCCGUCGUCAUCCGUGUCCAUUGAGGAGCCGCUGCCAAAUGGCAAGGGAGGAGGAGCAGUAGUUGUUAACUCGAUAGCUAAGCUGCCCGAGGAGGAGCUCCUCGGCUCGGUGACCAUGCACAAUUGUCCGGGAACGCGGGCCAGUGCCCGGGUCAUACAGAAGAUGAAGCAGGACCAGACGCGCCCGAUGACACCGCCGCCCAGCGAACGGGAGCCGAACAAAAAGGAGGAGAAGGCCGCCCAAAAGACGCCCAGCCAGCUGAAGACGGGCAGCGGGAAGACCACCUGGACGAAUGUGGAGCGCAACUGCUUCUUCGACGCCCUCAACGAAUUCGGCAAGGACUUCGAGGCGGUGGCCAACUGCAUCAAUGCCAAGCUGAAGCGCCGCAAUGCCAACAGCGACUAUAGUUUCAAAACCAAGGACCAAGUUCGCCAGCACUAUUACCAGACCCAUCACAAGAUUUGCAAAUAUGUGCGCUUCUCGGAGGAACUGAAAAAGCCCGCCCAGGAGUUGUACACGCUGAUCAACUACGGCGAGAUGCGGCGCAAGCUGCAGUUCCUCACGGAGAAGCACUUCAUGAAGCUGAAGCAGCUGGUCUACCAGGGCCAAAUAACCGUGCGUUGCAAGGGCAAGAACAUUCGCAUUAAGACGCCAUCGUGCAAGGCGCUCCGGCGGCUAAAUCAAUUGGAUGACUCACUGGAGGAUAUCCGGCUGCCCAGCAAGGUGGAGGUGCUGGUGACUCCCGCCAAUAUGGAGGCCUUCGGACGCGUCCAGUCACUGGCGCAGAAUCCACGCGGCAGGAUCAUAGUUCCGCUGCACAAGAAACUAAUCAGCUUCAUCAAGACGUUCGAGUACAAAUGGCGCAGCGCCAAUCAGCGUUUGCACGAGGAGAAGAGUGCAUACUUUUCCAGCAGCCUGCCAUCUGCUGCGUCCAACAACAAUAACAACAACAAUGAAACGGAACCAUUACAGCCGUCAGUUGCAUCGCUGGAUCCCUCAAUGUGCUUCCAGCCCCGGCCGGGAGUGGCCAUCCACCGACCUUUGCUCAGCAUCACCGCCUACCUAAGCAGCAUCAGUAUUUGCUUGACGGCAUACGAGGAGCGCAUGGGCUUCAAAGUGCGCAGCGAGACCUUGGGCAAUUUGGCCGGCAUGUCGGUGGCGGCCAACAAGCGACUACGAACGGAAAGCGGCUCCGAGAAGCGUUCGCCGGAGACAAAGAAACCCAAAUCGAGUGCCAGCCCGCCGCUGGAGAAGAGUUUGGACGACGGGCCCUUGGAGGGCAAUCUGAUGAAGAUGGAGAAUAGCAGCGGUGAUGAGCUGGGCGAGGAGAUUCAUGAGUUUCUGGGCGAUAUAUUGGAGGCCAUGCAGCAUCCGCAAGCAGCCACUAUUCCAGCUCUUUCGGCCACCACUGGUGAUACCACAACUGUUGCUGUUGCGCUUGAAACAUCGCACGAUCCUGUACAACAGGCUUAUCCGGCCAACGCGGAUCUAUCUAAUGCCAUGGCGACAUCUGUUCUACAAACUUCCUGUGCUGCAGCUCCCGCUCCUUCGACUCCUGUAACCGGUUCUUUGGCGGCUCCAUCCGUAGCCCGCUCCAAACGCAAAGAAGCUAAGGAGGCGGCGGCCGCGGCACAGGCUCGAAAUUUUAAGCCACUGCUCAGCGACGAUAUACUGAAGAGAAUCCGCAAGGGCUGGACGCAGGCGAAUGCGGCGGAUAUAACCAUCGGUGAUCUGUAUGUCGUUUUUGGCCAGGAUUCCAAGCUGGAGCUGGAGUAUUAUUGGUGUGAGGUCGACAGUUCGACGGCCAUGGCAUCCAGCAUACUAACAAUCAACACGGUAACGCCUAGCUCCUCGUCGGUGGCCACCCAAACCGGCAGCGCCGCCUCGAACGCCAACCAAACAGGCGCAUCUUCCAACUGCUACGUCAGCGCAUCGAGCAAUUCGAGCACCUCGAGCACUUCGCUGCCCUACAAUCCCAACGACUGUGAUAGCGUGGAACGCGUCAGGGCCGUCACCACAUCGUCGGUGAGCAACAAGCUGAAGCACCUGCUACUCGUGGCCAAUCUCAGCGAGCGCGUGCGCAAGCGCCAAUGCAACUGCGGCCACACGUGCGAUCGCAAGCGGGACCUGAUGACCAAGGCGCAGCAGCUGGCAGAGGCGACGGCCACCGGCGGAGUGGGCGGCAUGGUUGAGGGCAAUUUCCGAACGCCGAUGCUGCCAGUGCGGCGGCCGAUAUCCAACAUCGAUCCUGUGCGCCAACUCUCAGCGCUCACACGGCAAAAGAUCAGUCGUCAGGUGCUUGUGCAGCGCCGUCUCCUACCACCCACAUCCGCUGGCGAUCGUCCGUACGAUCUGCUGAGUGUGCGCCAACUCCACAGUGGCCUUUUCGAGCCGAUUGAUCGCGUGGAUGGCAUAAGUUCCGCUGGCAUCAGCACCUCUGGCUCGAAACCCGAUUCCAGCAUGAAUGCCACGACCGCUUCACAGGAUCAAGAGCCAGGGGAUCAGGGGGCAUUGGAGUUCCUCAACGACGAGGCCACGCAGGUCAGCGCUCGAGACAUGCCCAAUCUGGACAUUUGCGUGGCCACCAACAGGACGGACGUCAGCAGUUCCCUGAACGAGGCGGCCCAAGACGGGAGCACAACUCAAAGCUUCUUCCAAGGCAGCAUGAGUCCGAUGCACUUGCUCAGAGAUUCAACAUCCAACGCACGCUGGCUGGAGGACAAUAUCAAUGACUUCUCGUUGACGUCGCUGCUGGGGCAUUUGGAUGAGAUUGAUGCCACCAGGGAUAUACUGGAUCCGUCGUCAAGCAUGUCGGUGAUCAGCGAGAGCAGCGUGGACUUUCGGCACAAGUUCCAGGAAAUCGCCGCCCUGCUGCAGCAGCAGGAGAAAGAUUAGCAGUGGCCACUGCGGCAAUCCGGUCGUGUCCUCUUCGUUUGUGUACCCAAGUCCGGAUCUUGAGAUGAGAGUCGUCCAAGCUGGACGAUGGAAAGGAAAGCCACGUGUGCCUCCAAGCCUCAUGUCCCACUGAUAUUACUCAUUACUCACUCAUCCCACCCACCCACGUUAUACCCACUAACAUUUAUGUUUUUACGCGACUUUUUGUGAUCUAUACUCAUUUUAUGUAUGCCAAGUAUUAGCAAGCACUCACAUUGUCUGAACAUAUAUAUUUAUUUAUACAUUAACUUUAUGUAUCGCGCGGCAGCGUAACGCGUAGCUCCCAAUCCACACUUUUAAUUCCCAGCCCCAUUUUGUUUGUUACCCGCUCGCACACUCGUUCCGCACUACUCUAAUUGGUUUCUAGCGCGUAAGUUCAAUGCAGCAUAGUAGCUUAGCUUAAGGUCCCCACACCCGCACCCGCACCCUCACCCUUAGCCACUAUCAACUACAAAACCCAAUCGAAACUUCCAUAUGUAUAGAGAUUCUCCCGCCUCCACCUGAUAAACUAAAGCUCAUUACAUUAAAUCAAAUCGAAAGGAUCGUCAGAAGACUCGAAAUGUUUGUUGACCAUAUAUAAUAUAUAUGUAUGUAUGAAACACGCAUUAUUUUGGGUGGGAAAACCAAUCAAAUUUAUCCUAACAAUAGGAACACACUUAAAACUUGUUAUUGUGCGAAGGAAAGUACCGAAAAUAAAAGCGAAUUGAACUAAAACU